ACAGAGUUUCACUUUAUUGCCCUUGGUAGAGUGCCCUGGCGUCACACAGCUCACAGCCACCUCCAACUCCUGGGCCUAGGCGAUUGUCCUGCCUCAGCCUCCCAAGUAGCUGGGACUACAGGCGCCUGCCACAACGCACGGCUAUUUUUUUGGUGCAGUUUGGCCGGGGCUGGGUUUGAACCCGCCCCUCGGUAUAUGGGGCCGGUGCCCUACUCACUGAGCCAUAGGCGUGGGAGGCAGGGUUUUUAAAGACUGUUUGAUGGUCCAAUUCCAUCCAAAUUGCUGAAAAGAAAAAAAAAAAACAGUUUGAUAGGCAGAGAGUUAGGUAACUGGGGUCUGCUAAUUGGCUGGUUUCAGGGCAGGACCAUCAGUCCUUUGGUGUGGGCCACUGUCUAGGUGGGUCAGUUACUGGAAUGGAGGACCGUGGGUGGAGGGUCCAAGACCAGUUUGAGUCAGUUCCUUGCUCUGGGUGGGUUGUCUGGAAUGCAUACCUAGAAGACAUCUGAGAAACUACUCCAGAGGACAGAAGCAGAGGAAACGGGGAUUACCAAGCAAAUGAGUGGACAGUGGCUGAUAAUUAUCAUUAUUUUAGCUAAGCCAGCUCCUUCUCAGAGUUCUGGGUGCCCUUACUCUGUAUCUCGCUUUGCACACCUUUCAUCAAUUUGUAAGGCCAGUUUCAGGAACAUCCUUUUUGUGGGAGAGAAGAAACCUAAGCUACAAGGAAGGGGCAGCAGUAACAGAUGGGAAGAGAAGCUCUAACACAAAACAAGGAAGGGCCUCAAAAAAGGGAACCACUGUGGGUCAAGCAGGGAGGCCUGGACGUGGAGAGCUUCCCAGAGCUGGCAAGGGCGGAGACGCUGAAGCAGACGUCCUGGAUUCGUUACUGCAGAUGCAGAAACCAGCUUCUGGGUUCUUCCCCGCCACCGAGUGGGAGUGAUUUCCCGAGGAUCGACAACCGACGUCCAGAACAUUUGCAAGCAGCUUCCCCUUGUAUUUCCUUCCUCUGCUCUUCCCAAGCGCCUCAGGCCUGGGGCUCGAGAGUGCUGGCCUCAGAUGGGACAGGGAGGCUGGAGGCAGUCGCCCCAGAGUGCCGGACCCACGCUCGCCCAACUUCGCGGCGAGCGUCCGGGAAGCGUCCCGGCCUCCGGAAUUCCCGGAGAAACCAGGGGGAGGAAGUGGCAGAUCCUCCGCGCACAGAGAACCGGGGCGGAAGCUCAGGCCUGAGCCGCGCCGGAAGCCAGGACCGGAACCGCGGCCGGCCGGGCCCCUCCCCGCUCACCUGCGCAGGUAAACCGGGCCGCGGCCUGCGAGGCGGAGGCGCAGGCGGAGCGGGCUGGUGGCAUGUUUGGCCCUUUGUUCUGUGCUCGUGCCGGUGUCCGGGUCUCUAGCACCCUCGGAACCCAGAGGCCAGCACUGUGAAGGUGACCCUCGUAGGGAGGAGGCCCACGGCCCCUGGGAGGACAAUGGCUGGCGCCCGCCUCGCCCCGGCCCGCCUCCCUGCGGUCACCGUGUGGCUCCU